UAACAUUAAACCAUAAAAAAAUAAUCAAAAUAAACUCUGAGGAUUCCGGCGAUGAACGACAACCACCUCUCACCACCGGAUAACAAGAUCCAGACUCUCAACUUCGACCAUCUAGAGGUUUUCUCAGCCCUUGGUCGUGGAUCUAAAGGAGUUGUGUUCCUCGUAAAAGCCGAUAAUAAAUGGCUUGCAUUAAAAGUCAUACUAAGAGAAUCAAUAGAGACAAAGAAGACAAAAGAUGAGUACAAACGCAUUAGUUUCGAACAAGGAGUUUUGUCUCGAUUCGACCAUCCUCUGUUUCCACGUCUUCAUGGUGUUUUAUCUACUGAUAAAGUUGUCGGUUACGCGAUCGAUUACUGUCCUGGAAGAGAUCUCAAUUCUUUAAGGAAGAAACAGUCGGAAGAAAUGUUUUCCGAUGAGAUCAUAAGGUUUUACGCGGCGGAGCUUGUGAUCGCACUUGAGUAUUUGCAUAAUCAAGGUAUUGUGUACAGAGAUUUGAAGCCAGAUAAUGUGAUGAUUCAAGAGAAUGGUCAUUUGAUGCUUGUUGAUUUCGAUCUUUCAACGAAUCUACCUCCGAGAACUCCGCAAUCUUCUUCAUCGUCGCCGAGAGUUUCGACGGCGACGAGAAAAGAACGGUCUUUGUUCGCAUUUUCCGGUUUUUGUAACUCCGGAAUCUCCCCGGACGACUCGGUUUCGAGAUCGUCCGAGUCGGAGUUUUCCGGGGAGAAGUCAAAUUCAUUUGUUGGAACAGAGGAAUAUGUUGCGCCGGAGGUUAUUACCGGGAGUGGCCAUGACUUCGCCGUGGAUUGGUGGUCGUUGGGAGUGGUUUUGUAUGAGAUGUUGUACGGAGCGACGCCGUUUAGGGGAUCGAACAGGAAAGAGACUUUUUUAAAGAUAUUAACUGAACCGCCGAGUUUGGUCGGAGAAACGACAUCGUUAAGAGACUUGGUAAGAAAACUGUUGGAGAAAGAUCCUAGCCGUAGGAUUAAUGUGGAAGGAAUCAAGGGACACGAUUUCUUCAGAGGGUUGGAUUGGGAUUUGGUGCUAAAGGUAUCACGACCACCGUAUAUCCCGGCGCCGGAAAAUUAUGAGAUUUCGAAAAUCGACGUGGAGAAAUUCGUCCAUGAAAUAUUUGCUAAAUGUGAACAUAAUGGUAAUAAUUUUACUGUCUUUUAAUCUUAAUUUAUUUUAUAAAUUUGCAGAAAUAUU